AUUGGAGGCAGCCAUGGCCACGUUUCUUUUGUUUCUUGGGUUCUUUGGCUGUCAGAAACUUCAACACGAUGUGUUGUCGCACAGUCUGAAUUGGAGGCAGCCAUCAUCACAUUUCUUUUGUUUCUUGGGUUCUUUGGCUUAUCGGUGUUUGGAUGGUUGCAGUUGCUGCUUCCAUUACUAGUUUCCAAACCUCCCUCUCUCUGUAUUUCGUCUGGCUAUCCUACUUUCUCUUCCAUCUCUUGGCCUAUUUCUUGUAAUCUGAUCUAUCUUCUUUCUUUGCAUGCUAGAGAAGUCUUCACGAUUGCACGAUUGCACUAUUUUAGCUUGUUUCUGGUGUACCAAUACAUUUCAGCAUUUGGCUCAACUUCCAGCUCAAAAAAUCUAAGAGAAAUCCCUACUUUGAAUGUAGCAGCUCUUUCUGUCAAGUUUAAAAUCUACAAAGCUGCUGAUCUUACCAAAGUCAUGCAUGGUAUUAAAGGUGGUUGGGUCGGGCAGACAUUUGCCUUGGCAAAGCGUAAUGAGUCUGAGAAUAGCGGAAGAAAGGCUCGAAUCCGUCGAUCGAAAGAGGAGAGAAAAUCAAUGGUUGAAGCAUUCAUAAAGAAGCACCAGAAAUCAAAUGAUGGGAAUUUCCCCUCACUAAAUCUAACACACAAGGAAGUUGGUGGAUCAUUCUACACUGUAAGAGAGAUUGUCCGCGAGAUAAUCCAAGAAAAUAGAGUUCUGGGACCUGCUAAGUUUGUUCAGGAUGGGCAGAGCAUUGAUCAGUUCUUGGAACAAAAUCCACUUGGUACAAUAGCCACUGAAACUCAAGUUGCUAUUUCCCUACCUUCAAAAGAAUUGGAUCAUCAGGCUGACCCCAGGGAGCUUGGAUUUUUAUCUGUUGGAAACUCUAAUGGACAUCAAGAACCGAAGGUUGAGGACAGAGAAAUUGUCAAUGGAAGCCAAGUAGACAUCAAAUCAAAAGAGUUUGAUGGAUUGGCAUCAACAGAAUUUCUUGAAAAUGGAGUCGAAGAAGCUGGGAAGAAUCUUAAUGCAUUUGCUGAGUCAACAUCUCGAUCAAUUAAUUUGACCAGUGUAGAAGUAGAGACUUUUCCAUUGAGAUCUGUUGGUGAGCCAAAUGACUGUGUAGAUCGAAGUGUUGGUGAAGGAAGGAAUGAAGCUUCACAAGAACAAAAUGCAGAGGCGCAUCUGGUAUCGGGAAGUGACAGUGCUGUGUUGUAUGAGACGAAUUCGCGAGAAAAAACUCAUUCGAUGGAGGAGAACACAGCGGAAGUUUCAGCUUCAGCUUCACCUGGUCCACUGGGACAAAUACCUCAUUUAGUUGAUGUGGAAGUCGUGGAAGACUUUGCUGAUUCUUUGUUAAAAAAUUCUAAUGGCUCAUUUCCCAAGGAGAACAUUCCUCGUGAUGCUGAUGGCAGCAUGGAUGCCAAUGAUGCAUCGGUUAGUGUUGAAGGAUUGAGUUCAACACCUGCAGAAUACAAACAAGAUAUGAAUGCUGCUGGAGCGGAGGAAAUGUCUUUACAGGCUAGAAAUGUUCCCAGCGGUGUUGAUUCUGAAAGCAUAGAUAGCAAUUCCACUCGAACUGACAGUGAGGUGUCAUCGCAAGCGCUGAAGCUAAAACCUGAACCUAAUGUUCAACCUAAUGGCAGCGUCCAGAAAGGAAUCAAUCCCCCUUUAGACAGAAUUAAUCUUGAAUCAUGGGAAGUGUCAUCCAAGAAUUCUUCCAAGCAGCCAAUGAAUCCUAUAUUUGCUGUUAUAAAAGCAAUUAUUGUGUCAUUUCUGAAGUUUUGGACUGAGUGAAAACUUUGUUUUCAAGGAGGCUAGUUAAUCCUGUUUCUCCACUCCUUGUGGAAAACUUAUGGUUUUUCUUGGCUAUUAUUUUUUUUCUCUUUGGAACGACUCGCUUGUAAAUUCUGACGGGCUGUUUAUUUCUCUGGUGAGCUGGAUGAUGCCGACGACGUAGUUUUGAUGUGCAGAAUUAGAAUUAGACGAGUUUCUACA